AUGAAAAAAGCUGCUUUUUCUCCUUCCUUUUGCUCUAGGUUUGAUAACCCAGCUGCUGUUAGUCCAUCACCAGCAAGACAGCUGACUUUCAACUACCUCCUGCCUGUAAAUGCUUGGCUGCUUCUCAACCCCUCAGAAUUAUGCUGUGACUGGACAAUGGGAACAAUUCCUCUCGUGGAGUCUUUCUUUGAUGUUAGAAAUGUUGCCACCCUUACUUUCUUCUGCUUUCUGGGAUCUUUGAUUGUCUUCAGUCUUCGCUCUCCUGGGGAUUCCUCCAAGACUGUACUGAUGGCACUCUGCUUAAUAGUGCUACCAUUCAUUCCAGCAUCAAACCUCUUUUUUCCUGUUGGAUUCGUAGUAGCAGAACGAGUGCUGUAUGUUCCUAGCAUGGGAUUCUGCAUUUUAGUAGCACAUGGAUGGAAAAAAUUAUCAAAUAAAAGUGUGCUAAGAAAAAUUUCUGGGGUUUGCUUGGCUGUGGUACUGUUCACUCAUGCCUUAAAAACACUGCACAGAAACUGGGAUUGGGAGUCAGAGUACACGUUGUUUAUGUCAGCUUUAAAGGUAAAUAAGAACAAUGCAAAGCUGUGGAACAAUGUGGGGCAUGCGUUAGAAAAUGAAAAGAAUUUUGAAAGAGCUCUGCAGUUCUUCAUACAAGCCACGCAAGUGCAACCAGAUGAUAUUGGUGCCCACAUGAAUGUAGGAAGAACUUACAAAAACUUAAACAAGACUAAAGAAGCUGAAGAAUCAUAUAUGAUUGCUAAAUCAUUGAUGCCACAGAUUAUUCCAGGUAAGAAGUAUGCAGCAAGAGUUGCUCCUAACCAUCUGAAUGUUUAUAUCAAUCUUGCAAACUUAAUUCGAGCAAACGAAUCUCGCCUUGAGGAAGCGGAUCAAUUAUAUCGACAGGCAAUUAGUAUGAGGCCAGAUUUCAAGCAGGCUUACAUCAGCAGGGGAGAAUUACUUUUAAAAAUGAACAAACCUCUGCAAGCCAAGGAAGCUUAUCUUAGAGCUCUAGAGCUGGACAGAACCAAUGCAGACCUGUGGUACAACUUGGCAAUUGUUUACAUUGAACUGAAAGAUGCAACAGAAGCCCUGAAGAACUUCAACCAAGCACUGGAACUCAACCCAAUGCAUAAACUGGCAUUAUUCAACUCAGCACUGCUAAUGCAGGAAUCUGGUGAUGCUCGGCUUAGACCUGAAGCUAAACAAAGACUGUUACAUUAUGUGAAAGAAGAACCACAGGAUGCAAACGGGUACUUCAAUUUGGGUAUGCUGGCCAUGGAUGACAAAAAAGAUACGGAAGCAGAGGCAUGGAUGAAGAAAGCCAUAAGUUUACAGCCAAACUUCCGAAGUGCUUUGUUCAAUUUGGCACUGCUUUAUUCUCAGACAGGAAAAGAAUUGAUGGCUUUGCCUGUCCUGGAAGACUUACUGAGAUACUACCCUGAUCAUACCAAAGGUCUGAUUUUGAAAGGAGAUAUCCUUAUGAACCAAAAGAAGGAUAUUGUUGGAGCAAAAAAAUGCUUUGAAAAGAUUUUGGAACUGGAUCCCAACAACGUACAAGGAAAACAUAAUCUUUGUGUGGUUUAUUUCGAAGAACGGGACUUAAUAAAGGCAGAAAAAUGUUUGGUUGAAACACUAGCGCUGGCACCUCAUGAGGAGUAUAUUCAUCGUCACCUAAACAUAGUUAGAAGUAAAAUUGCAUCACUUGGUGCUAUGGGACAGUCAUCACUUCCAGCAGAUGGGACUGCAGCUGCAGAAGAAAAAAAAAAAUCCUUUCAAAAUUUGAAAGAAGUGAAAAACGAGCAAAAAACCACCCAAACAUCAGUUGAUAACAAUAAAGGGCACUCAAAAGAUAUGAAACAAACAGAGAAAGACAAUAUGGGCAAAGAGACUCCCAAAAAAUCUACAAAAGAAAUCAAAGACAUUGAGAAGAAAAGAGUUGCUGCUUUGAAAAGACUAGAAGAGAUUGAACGUAUAUUAAAUGGUGAAUAG